AUGUUGCCAAUGUUUGUCUCAUCUAGCAACUCGCCUCCCGCACGUUUACCCUCGAAGCGUCUUUCCUCCGAGCCCGAGCCUCGAGAAUCUGCCAAAGUGUCGCGUCCUGGGGACGGUAAAAGGAGGAGGCUUGAGUCGCAAGCUUACAGUGCUGCCUCUGAGCCUCCGGUUUACAGUUCGCGGCUCUAUUACGCGCCGGUGGAGCGUGGUGCGGAACGCCAAAGCUCGUGGCCGAAUGCCCCGCGGAAUGGCUACAGUGGAUACUCUCCUCCAGGUAGUGUGUAUGGGCCUGUGACUCGUAGUUCUCUCCCAGGGCCGAAUCCUCAGUUACCGUAUAACAACCAAUUCAGCCCGUAUCCACAGGACUUCAAGCGACCGAGUCCAGGAUUCAUACAAUCUCCAGCACCUCCAGGAGCUCCGAUACUGAGCACUUUCAAUGCGAAUGCGCCUUUCUGGAAUCCAGCCAAUAUCAACCCGGCGACAGAUUACCACCCGCCGGCCUAUGUUAACCCUCCAUUCUUCUCGCCUUCCUACUCGCACGUGUCGCCAGACAUGAACCCGAUGCUACCAUCUCACCCUUUGAUGAAUUCCGUGGGUGGGUUGGAGGCACCCCCAUACAACACGUCGUUGCUACGAGUCUGGGUCCGCAAAGAAAGAGGUCAGUUACACCGACCACUUCUGGUCAUUCUUGACCUAAACGGAACUUUGAUUCUUCGGAAACAUAAAAAGCUCCCCCCUUCCUACACCCGACGCGCCGGUCUGGACCACUUCCUGGACAAGCUGACAAGCAACUAUUCGGUGAUGAUCUGGACGAGUUCUAAGCCCGCGACCUGCAACGCAGUAUGUGAUGAGUUAUUCCCCGCAACAGGCAAACGGAAGCUCGUGGCACGUUGGGACCGAGAGAAAUUCGGCCUUACGCCCCGGCAGUAUAACUCGAAGCUCCAAGUGUACAAAGAGCUGCAUAAGGUGUGGGAAGACCCGGUGAUCAGAUCACGGUAUCCGGGCAACAAGCCAAUCGAGACAGGUGGAAAGCCCGGGGGCAAAUUUGCCCGCAAGAAGUUGGCAAAGCAGAUCGCUGCGGUUUCCGCAUCAAAGACCGUGGGGCAGUGGGAUCAGACCAACACCGUUCUUAUCGACGAUAGCAAACUCAAGGCUAUUAGCGAACCGUACAAUAUUCUGGAGAUCCCUGAAUUCACGAACGACGCCACUAUUGAUGAGUCGGAUUUAUUUGCGAAGGUACUCGGGCGUCUUCACGUCCUGGCGCGUCACGACGACGUCUCCAAGGUCCUACGCGUGUGGAACGAGCGACUUGCGGAUAGCGGCGGCAACAUCUUAGAUCUGGACAUCAGCCCUGAGAAGCCUGACGAGCCAGAAAUACAUGACUCGGAGGAUUCUGACAUCGGUGGUGGAACACCACUUCUACCCCCACAACAACCCAACAACAGCAACAGCAACAGCAACCCAGCUUCGUCACGCAAAAAGGAUAGGAAGAACAAGAACAAGCCUGCACCUUCGCCUGAAGAAAAAGCUGCACUGAAAGAAGCAAAGAAAGCACGCAAGAAGGCUCGCAAGGCCGAGAAGAAAGAACGGGAAGCCUUAGCCCCUCCAGUCCCAAGCAAAAAACAAAAGCAAGCCAUGCAGGAUGACCUCAGUGCGGAGGCCAAUGCACUGGUCAUGGAUCUCCAAUCAGCCCCCCAGAUUCCAAGUCAACAGUAUGACGGUCCUGACGACGCCGGCCCCAAAAGAAGCAUGCCGGCUCAGCCCGUCAAUCAAAGGAAGAAGAAGAAGAAUUCCAAGCCAAACGCAUUGCUCAAGGAUCUGUCCUCCAACCACCAGAACACAAGCGACCAGCGCGAGGCUAUGAACGCAGCUAUUAGCUCUGCCCACGACCGCAACGCUCCACGCCACAACUUCCGCCCUCGCAACAAUCCUGCACAAACAGCUACUGUUGAAGCACCCUCUGCCGGUGCGGCUGUGUCCAUCCCCGGUCUGGUCCUCUCUUCGCCUGCCGAAACUGCGGCUGUGGCGCUGGAGCACGGCCACGUCGAUACUAUCCCCGCUCCCCUGGAAGCGCCGCGUUCCCCUUCGCCGCUUACCAGCGAGGAUGAGAAGGUCGAGGCUCCGGACGCUGACAGCGUGUACUCGCCAACUAGCUUUGCGCCAGCUGAAACCGAGCAGCCGGAGCAAUCUGCGCAACCUGAGCAACUUGAGCGACCUGAUCGACCUGCUUCGCCCGCUAUCUCGUCAGUGUCGGGAAAUUCGUUGCUGGAUCGCUUGGAGGAUGGCCUUGGGCUUCGCGUUUAG